CUGAGCAGUGAAUAUAGGGCCAAGAAGAACAACCAGCUGAAGGUAGUGAAGAAACAGUUUGUGAAAGUAUUAUGUGCCAAGAAUCUUGCAAAGAAAGACUUCUUCAGACUUCCUGACCCGUUUGCAAAAAUAGUUGUUGAUGGGUCAGGUCAGUGCCAUUCAACUGACACUGUGAAGAACACGUUGGACCCCAAAUGGAACCAGCAUUAUGAUCUAUAUGUUGGGAAGACAGAUUCCAUAACCAUCAGUGUAUGGAACCAUAAAAAAAUCCACAAGAAACAGGGAGCUGGCUUCCUGGGGUGUGUCCGACUCCUCUCCAAUGCCAUCAGCAGGCUAAAAGAUACUGGAUACCAGCGUUUGGAUCUAUGCAAACUAAAUCCCACAGACACCGAUGCUGUACGAGGCCAGAUAGUGGUCAGUUUACAGACCCGGGACAGAAUAGGCACAGGAGGUUCUGUAGUAGACUGUAGAGGGCUUUUGGAGAGAGGGCUUUUGGAGAAUGAAGGAACUGUUUAUGAAGAUUCUGGACCGGGGAGGCCGCUGAGCUGUUUUAUGGAAGAACCAGCACCAUACACAGACACUACAGGGGCUGCUGGGGGAGGCAACUGUCGCUUCGAGUCCCCCAGCCAAGAUCAGCGGCUUCAGGCACAGCGACUUCGCACCCCUGAAGUCAGAGGUCAUGUACAGACACCUCAGAACAGACCCCAUGGUCACCAGUCACCUGACCUACCCGAAGGCUACGAACAAAGAACAACGGUACAGGGACAGGUUUAUUUUUUGCACACACAGACUGGAGUUAGCACGUGGCAUGACCCGAGGAUACCAAGAGACCUUAACAGUGUGAAUUGUGAUGAACUGGGACCAUUGCCUCCAGGCUGGGAAGUCAGAAGUACAGUUUCUGGAAGAAUAUAUUUUGUAGAUCAUAACAACAGAACCACACAAUUCACAGAUCCACGGCUACAUCACAUCAUGAACCAUCAAUGCCAGCUAAAAGAACCCAGCCAGCAGCCUCUGCCAGCUCCAAAUGAGGGAUCACUAGAGGACGGUGAGGAGUUGCCUGCACAGAGAUAUGAAAGAGACUUGGUACAAAAGUUGAAAGUUCUUAGACAUGAGCUCUCUCUUCAGCAACCACAGGCUGGCCACUGUCGCAUUGAAGUAUCCAGAGAGGAAAUAUUUGAGGAAUCCUACCGUCAGAUAAUGAAGAUGAGGCCAAAGGACUUGAAAAAGAGGCUUAUGGUGAAGUUCCGAGGAGAGGAAGGCCUGGAUUAUGGAGGAGUAGCAAGAGAAUGGUUGUAUUUACUGUGCCAUGAAAUGUUGAAUCCCUAUUAUGGACUCUUCCAGUACUCCACAGAUAAUAUUUACAUGCUGCAAAUCAAUCCAGACUCUUCUAUCAAUCCUGACCAUUUGUCUUAUUUCCAUUUUGUGGGUCGGAUCAUGGGUUUGGCUGUGUUCCAUGGACACUAUAUCAACGGGGGUUUCACAGUGCCCUUUUACAAACAGCUGCUGGGGAAGCCCAUUCAGCUCUCUGAUCUGGAAUCUGUUGACCCAGAAUUACACAAAAGUUUAGUCUGGAUCUUAGAGAACGAUAUCACCCCGGUUCUGGACCACACCUUCUGUGUGGAACACAAUGCUUUUGGGAGGAUUUUACAGCAUGAGCUCAAACCAAAUGGCAGGAAUAUUCCAGUGACAGAAGAGAACAAGAAAGAAUACGUCAGGUUAUAUGUGAACUGGAGGUUUAUGAGAGGAAUAGAGGCACAGUUCCUGGCUCUGCAGAAAGGUUUUAAUGAACUUAUUCCUCAACACCUCCUUAAGCCUUUCGACCAGAAGGAACUGGAGCUAAUCAUAGGAGGCCUGGAUAAGAUAGACCUGAACGACUGGAAGUCAAACACACGUCUAAAGCACUGCAUGGCAGACAGCAAUAUUGUGAAGUGGUUCUGGCAAGCUGUGGAAACAUUUGAUGAAGAAAGAAGGGCAAGGCUGCUGCAGUUCGUGACGGGUUCAACACGUGUCCCACUUCAAGGUUUCAAGGCUUUACAAGGCGCUGCAGGACCCAGACUGUUUACCAUCCAUUUAAUAGAUGCAAACACAGACAACCUUCCAAAAGCCCACACUUGCUUUAACCGGAUCGACAUUCCGCCUUACGAGUCAUACGAGAAGCUUUAUGAGAAGCUGUUGACAGCUGUGGAAGAGACAUGUGGGUUUGCUGUGGAGUGA